AUGAAUGUGAGAUUGCUGUACCUACUUCUGGGGCCCAUCUGCUCCCCUCUAACAGCCAUGGUCUUGGAUUCCAACACCAUCAAAAAUUCUGCUGAAGUGCAAAGCAGUAAGCAGGGGUUUAGCUGCCUCGUAGAUGAAGACUGUGGGACUGGUAAAUUCUGCCACAGUUCUGGUGAAGAAGAACCAGUCUGUGCAACAUGCCGAAGAGUACGAAGGCGUUGCCAGCGUAAUGCCAUGUGUUGCUCAGGUGCUGUAUGUAUAAAUGAUGUGUGCACUGCAGUGGAAGAAGGCACACCAAUUGACGAGGGUAGGAAUGAGGAACAAGAAAAAACAGGUUUGAGAGGAACUGGUCAACAGAGAAUACAUGAAAACAAACCUAAGAAGAAGCCCAGUGAUAAACAAUCAACACCUGGUAAAGGAGGGGAAGGCCAUAGCUGUCUCCGCACCUCAGACUGUUCUUUGGGACUGUGUUGUGCCCGACACUUCUGGACCAAGAUCUGCAAGCCAGUACUAAUAGAAGGACAAGUAUGCACCAAGCGAGGCCGCAAGGAUGCCCCUCAAGGGCCAGAGAUUUUUCAGCGUUGUGAUUGUGGUCCUGGACUCACCUGCCGAACUCAGGCAUCAGGUACUUCCUCAAGGUCCCAAAGAUCUAAGCUAAAGACCUGCCAGCGAAACUAGAGGAAUAGACUUGUUUUGUAAACUAAGGAUCUGCCAUGAGGCAGCAACAUGAAAAAAGUUUCCAUAUCUGAAACAAUGCACUGAAAGCAAAUGCUGCACAAUGUUCACACAGAUACCAACAUGUUGCAGAUCCUGCUAAAACAAUGUAAAAGCACAUUAAGAACCAAUGAAAGAAGAAUGAAUGUUUCCCACAUGCACACGUGCAUUCCUGAACAUGCAAAUGGUUAUGUUUUUUUUUUUUUAAUACUUUUUUUAAGCUAUGAAUGUUCCAAACCAUUAAGCGCUGUACUGCACAUUAGAGAUUGCAAAAGUUAAGAUAUUUUAUUACCUGAACUGGAGUAUUUCUUCUUCUGUCAAUAUAUCCAGUCAAAUGGAUCUAGUAUUAACCUGUUUAAAGCACGUGUCAUCAGGGGCUUCAUUUGCUCAGUGAACAAAUUUAGUAGAUGACUAUGGGAUUGGACAGGUGUUUUCACUGUUACUAAAAAGAUACAUAUAUGAACACACACCCACACACUACAUCCAGGAAUAUCCCAAUAUAUUUUAAACAUGUUAUUAUUAGAAAUCUGCAAGCUAAAUAUUUAUUUUAAAUUAAAGUGGUUUGUUAUGGGAGGGAGUUAUCUUAUAAUAUAAUCACAUGUCUGGAUUUCACACCCUGCAUGCACAGUAGGAAUUCAGAACCAUAUCCAGCUGUUUAUCAAGUUGGAAAAGCUAUUCAUUUGUUAAAUGGGGGUGGGUGAUCAGAACACAGUAUUUGCAUGAUGAAAGAUUACUGUUUUUAAGAAAAACAACAUGGCUCCAUGCCCUUCAAUUUUCCUGAUAUGUUGUUUGCAAGGAUAAACAGUGUAACUGUUCAACAGCCUGUUUUCUGUAUUUAACUAGUGUGCUAGAACUGCUUAUUAUAUGAUUUAUAUCAUUCCAUUUUGUAUGAUGCAUCUUCAUUCCUAAAUGGAAACCGAAUUCAAGGUGGCAACCUUCUAUGCAGUCCUGUAACAGCAGCAAUGACCAUACUUCUCAGCCGUCCUUGAUUUUACAGAACAUCCCUGAUUUGCCUCA